GCGAUAGCCUACGGAGAAUUCAAGAUUUGGUCCUGGACGCCUGGACCUGCCUGCGAGAUGGUGCAUUUAUUCAUUCCUAGCGGAGGAGAUCGAAGGUUCCUUCCUGGUUUUUAAACACGCACCCAUCCAUCCCGGGGCUAGGCAUGGCAAGCCCCCAACUCACGUUCAUGUCCAGCUCACUUUCUAUCUAGGCCUCCCUCCCGACCCUCCUUUCCUUUCCAGCUCGAUCGAUCGCCCGAUCGGUUCGCUAGCUAACUAACCUACGGUCUCCUCGCCAAACCCCCUUGCAUGAAUCGUCGUCCAUGGCGCUCCCCGCCGCCUAUGUAUAGCAGCAGCCUUCCUUAGUCCAUCACCCCCCAGUGUCACACCACAGAUAUCUUGAUCGGAUUCGCUUCGUACAGGAUGCAGGACCUGUUCUCGGUCCCCUCCUGCUUCUCGUCCGGCGAGAAGCAGCACCUCCCGGACGCCACCGCGUCCUCGGCGACCAGGUCGGGCCAGAGCGCCGUCACGCUGGUGUACCGCGCGGAGAUCGCCGGGCAGAGCCGCCUGGUCACCGUCACUUGGUGCAGAAACCUGCUCACCCACGGCAUGCAGGUCUCCAUCGAAGGCUCCGCAGGCGGCGGCAAGGACAAAACCGGCGUCGGCGGCGGUGGCAGGGACCACAGCAACGGCCAGGGCGGCGCCGGGGACGGCAAGAGCUGCAGCGCAUGCAAGGUGGAGAUGCAGCCGUGGCACUUCUGGCGCAAGUACGGUGCCAAGCAGUUCCAGGUGGACGGCAGGGCUGUCGACGUGGUGUGGGACCUCCGCACCGCGCGGUUCUCCGACGAGCCCGAGCCGGCGUCCGACUACUACGUCGCCGUGGUCUCCGACGAGGAGGUGGUGCUCCUCCUCGGCAACCAGAAGAAGGAGGCGUUCCGGCGGACGGGGUCCCGGCCGUCGCUGUCGCUGCAGGACGCCGCGCAGCUGGUGUGCAAGAAGGAGCACGUCUUCAGCAAGAAGCGCUUCCUCACCAGGGCCAGGUUCCACGACAAGGGCAAGCUGCACGACAUCAGCAUCGAGUGCAGCACCGGCAACCUCGCCGCCGGCAUGGACGUCGACAUGGCCAUCAAGAUCGACGGAUGCGUCACCGUACUCGUCAAGCACCUGCAGUGGAAGUUCAGGGGCAACGACUGCAUCUCCAUCAACAAGAUGAAGGUGAAGGUCUACUGGGACGCACACGACUGGCUCUUCGGAACCGGCUUGAGGCAAGCACUAUUCAUCUUCAAGCCCGAGGCGCCGCCGCUGUUGCCGGCUUCGCACUUCGACGCCGAUGAGUUCUCCGAUUUCUGCCUCUUCCUCUACGCGUGGAAGGUUGAAUGAGCCUGCAUAGCUAGCUUAGGAGGGAUCCCACAUUCUCUUGUUACUACUACCGCUACUACAUUACACUAUUUUUUACAGUGGACAUGUUCACCAUGCUAUGAACCAAUAGUUCAUACCAUGUAAUGUAUUGGAAAGAUGUGAUGAGUGUAUGGGGAGAGUGAUUGAUUGAGGACAUUUUCUGUUUCA